CAUAAAAAAACAAAAAACUAGCCAGUACCACUAUAUCAAACAUCAUGACUUAUCUUUGGUUAAAAAAUGGAUAUACCUUCUAUUGUUUCACAGUUUGAAUUUGCUGCCCUGAUUUUAGGAAUCACUAAUGGUACAAAGGACCCUUCUGUGGAUACUUUCCGGAUGACAACCUGGCAUAUGCUCAAGCAUUUUGGUGUUCCUUUGGAGGGUUUGGAGCUAAAGAUUGAUAGCCGAGGAUCUCCUCCCCUUGGUGGUGGUGAAGUGUUUCUCCGAGUUCCCAAUAUAAAUAGCACACUAACGGCUGUAAACUGGGUUGAUGAAGGUAUGGUGAAGAGGAUAAGGGGUGUUUCAUUCUCUACUAGACUAUCUCCACAGAUUGAAAGCCACAUUAUCUAUGCUGCACGUGGAAUCUUUAAUCGCUUCAUUCCUGACGUUCAUAUAUUCACUGAUCAUAGAUCUGGUGCUUCUGGUGGGAGGUCACCAGGCUAUGGUGUAUCGUUAGUUGCUGAGACCACAACAGGCUGCCUGUUCUCUGUAGAUGCAACUGUGAGUUAUCCUAGUGUUGAUGAAAUAAACGAAGAAUCUGAGAAGCCAGAGCUGAUGUCUCCAGAGGAUCUUGGUGUUCAAGCUGCAUCAGUGCUACUAGAAGAGGUGGCUCAAGGAGGGGUUAUUGACUCUACACAUCAGGGCCUCCUAUUUAUCCUGUGUGCUUUAUGCCCAGCCGAUGUAUCAAAGUUUUGUGUUGGACAGUUGACUCCGCAUGGUAUAGAAACACUUCGAAACAUCAGGGAUUUUCUUAACGUCAUGUUUGUUAUCAAGCCUGAUCCCAAUUCGAACACUGUUACUUUAAAAUGUGUUGGUGGGGGAGUGAAUAAUACUGCUCGGAAGGUUUCAUAAGCAACAGGAUUAUGAAUCUCGUCAAGGAUUGAAGACACAGCAAGAGACUACCGUGAGAUCCUGUUUGUAGUUGCGAAACAGCAAGGAGCUUCCUUGGCUACUCCUGCUGAAUUUUUGUUCUGAGGUUUCCAGUGUCCUGUGGCACUGUAGGCACCAUCUUGGAACAACGGCCACGGGAUGGUUGUACCGCGCCACGGCCAACGGCGGCGGUUUCGACCCUGCUCUCCUCGUGGCAGCCUCCUGCAACAGGCUCUGCGACUACCGCAUCGUCUUGGGGCGAAGGACUCCUCUACUACAACAUCGCCGUGCAACCAUCCCGGGCUCCCUUCUGGUGUUGAGCUACGCGUCUGCAACAGUGCAACACCAUCACCGGCCAUGUCGCAUCCUUCCUCCAGUGCGCUUGGGAACAGGAACAAACCGUUAUUGGGGCGUUAAUUCAGUAGCAACUGGCCAUUCUUGUAGUUGUAGCAUUGUGAAGUCCUGUGCCCUGUGUGUAGUAUCAUCUAUCUAUCAUGAAACAUAUUAAAAGCAUCGACUGGUCCAUGGAGAAGGACUCUAAGCUCACCUACUCCAUGCAUGGCGAAGCACCAUUCAGAUUCA